GUCUUGCACAGGUGUACCGGCUCCUUCCCCUCAGUCUUGCACAGGUGUACUGACUCCUCCCCUUCAGUAUUGCACAGGUGUACCGGCUCCUCCCCCUCAGUCUUGCACAGGUGUACUGACUCCUCCCCUUCAGUCUUGCACAGGUGUACCGGCGCCUCCCCUUCAGUCUUGCACAGGUGUUCCGGCUCCUCCCCCUCAGUCUUGCACAGGUGUAGUGGCUCCUCUCCUUCAGUCUUGCACAGGUCUUGUACUGACUCCUCCCCUUCAGUCUUGCACAGGUGUUCCGGCUCCUCCCCUUUAGUCUUGCACAGGUGUACUGGCUCCUCCCCUCCAGUCUUGCACAGGUGUACCUGCUCCUCCCCCUCAGUCUUGCACAGGUGUACUGACUCCUCCCUUCAGUCUUGCUUAGGUGUACCGGCUCCUCCCCUUCAGUCUUGCAUAGGGUACUGGCUCCUCCCCUUCAGUAUGGUACAGGUGUACCGGCUCCUCCCCUUCAGUCUUGCACAGGUGUACCGGCUCCUCCCCCUUCAGUCUUGCACAGGUGUACCGGCUCCUCUC